UCACAGCGGCCACAGGAUUGUUGGACACUGAUAGGUUGAUGAUGAAGAUAGGCGGGCCUUUUACAUCACCUUACAGACCAAAUAAGUAAAUGAGUACAUCACAGUGGAAUCCAACCGACAAAACACUGAGGGAAAAAGUUACUGUCAGUGAGACAGACUAGUUUCAUGUGUGUAGACCAUCCAGAGCGGUCUGUGAAAAAAUAAUCAUUGAUUUAGGAUAUAUUUAUACUGAAGAGUCUAAUUACCAGUGAUUAUAAGUGGAUCUAGUUGAGAAUCAUGCUGGGUAUGAAUACAGCAUACGCGAGGCCAGGAAGUAGGAGGCGGCAAGGAAAAAGUGAAGGGGCAAAAGAGAGCGUAAAGGACAAGCAACGGGAUAGCUAUGUUAAAAUUAUCAAACACUUUCUCAGGCAUCCAUUUCACUCAGGAGAGAAAAGUAGGCAGGAGAAGCCACAUGAAAGUCAGAAAAUGCCAACGAAGAAUGAUGAGGAGAUGCAAGAUCAGGAAAUUGAAGUCACGACUUUGGUCAGGAAAGGAGAGAAGUGCAAUCCUGGUGAUUUUGAAUUACUUAAAGUUUUAGGCCAGGGCUCAUUUGGAAAGGUGUUUUUGGUAAGAAAAAUCAGUGGCCAUGAUGCAGGCACCCUGUAUGCCAUGAAAGUGCUAAAGAAAGCUACUCUCAAAGUGAGAGACAGGGUAAGAACAAAGAUGGAAAGGGAUAUACUGGCAGAUGUUGAUCAUCCAUUUAUUGUAAAACUCCACUACGCAUUUCAAACAGAAGGGAAACUGUACUUAAUAUUGGAAUUCCUGCGAGGAGGCGAUUUGUUCACUAGAUUAUCUAAAGAGGUAAUGUUCACAGAAGAAGAUGUCAAGUUUUACCUGGCAGAAUUGGCACUUUCUCUAAAUCAUUUGCACCAAGUAGGAAUAAUCUAUAGGGAUCUGAAACCAGAGAAUGUGCUGCUUGAUGCCGAUGGUCAUGUCAAACUGACAGACUUUGGUCUAAGUAAGGAGUCCAUCUUUGAGGAGAAGAAGACGUACUCAUUUUGUGGCACUGUGGAGUAUAUGGCUCCUGAGGUGGUCAACAGGAGAGGGCAUGGUACAGCUGCUGAUUGGUGGUCUUAUGGAGUACUUAUGUUUGAGAUGUUGACAGGACAGCUACCAUUCCAGGGACAGAAUAGAAAAGACACCAUGACUCAGAUUUUGAAAGCUAAAUUGGGCAUGCCACAAUUCUUGAGUCCAGAAGCACAAAGUUUACUCAGGGCACUUUUCAAGAGAAACCCAGCCAACAGAUUAGGCUCUGGGGACGAUGGGAUUGAAGAUAUAAAGAAACAUCCAUUCUUUUCCACAAUUUCGUGGGAAAAACUUGUAAAGCGGGAAAUAAACCCACCUUUUAAACCUGCUGUGACUAAAGCUGAUGAUGCCUAUUAUUUUGAUACAGAGUUCACAUCUAAAACACCAAAAGAUUCUCCAGGUGUGCCUCCCAGUGCCACUGCCCAUGAGUUGUUUAGGGGAUUCAGUUACAUAGCUCCCAGACUUAUUGAGGAGACUGUGAUGGAGGAGCAGAACCCUAAACCAGAGCCAGCAAAGACCACCAGGAAGACCAUUUUGAGGGGAGUAAAUACAAAGUCAUUCAGUGAAGAAUAUGAAUUAAAAGAGGAAAUUGGUGUAGGUUCCUAUUCAUUAUGCAAGCGAUGUGUGCACAAGUUAUCAGGACAGUCUUAUGCAGUCAAGAUUAUUGACAAAGAAAAGAGGGAUCCAUCAGAAGAAGUGGAGAUUUUGCUGAGAUAUGGCAGUCAUCCUAACAUUGUCACUCUGAGAGAUGUGUAUGACAAUGGGAACAAAGUGUACCUGGUAACAGAGCUAAUGAAGGGCGGGGAGCUGCUAGACAAGAUCUACAGGCAGAAGUUUUUCUCCGAGCGUGAAGCCAGUGCUGUGCUGCAGGUGGUGGCUAGAACUGUGGACCACCUCCAUAAGAGUGGGGUUGUCCACCGUGACCUCAAGCCCUCAAACAUCCUCUAUGCAGACGACAGCGGAGACCCAGAACAAAUACGCAUCUGUGAUUUUGGCUUUGCUAAGCAGCUGCGAGCAGACAACGGUUUGUUGAUGACCCCAUGCUACACGGCCAACUUUGUUGCUCCUGAAGUGUUGAAAAAGCAAGGAUAUGAUGAAGCCUGUGAUAUAUGGAGUAUGGGCGUGCUGUUGUACACAAUGCUUGCUGGGUAUACUCCAUUUGCCACCGGGCCAAAUGAUACGCCAAAUGAUAUUUUGGCAAGAAUUGGAGAAGGCAAAAUAUCCCUGACUGGGGGCAACUGGGAUUCGGUGUCUGUUGCUGCAAAAGAUUUGGUAAAACACAUGCUUCACCUGAAUCCACGCCAGCGCUUUACAGCAGAGCAAGUGCUGAAUCAUCCUUGGGUAGCUAAACGGGAAAAUCUUCCACAGCUGAAGCUAACACAUCAAGAUGUCCAGUUGGUGAAGGGAGCCAUGAAGACCAUGUACCGUGCUUUGAACAACAGCCCCAAGCUAAUGUUGGAGCCAGUUGGGGCCUCUUCUCUUGCCCAGCGCCGGGGGAAGAAUAAACCACGUUUAAACUCUACUGAAGUAUAAAUACUCCACAGGCAAGUAUGUGGACUUGCAAUACACACUUCUUAGACCAUCAGUUGUAGAACAAAGUCUGAGUUGACAUGUGAGGCACUGUAGGAGACUGGAGAAUGAAGGACUGCUGGCCUUGUAUUAGGAUAUAUGCUUUAUAGAUUCUGUUAUCAAACACUAUGAUAACUUGUGCUGUGAUUUAGAGGGAGAUCAUUAUAGACUGUCAGUAAGGCUUGUAGACAUCCUUUAAAAGACAUUUGCAAGCUGAUCAACUUGUGCUUUCCAAUAUCCAAUCUGUGAAGGGCAAUGAUACUUGCUACAGCCAGUUGGAGAUGUUGGUCUGUGAUUGGAUAGACUGUUCAACAGAUUAAUGAAACUGACCAGUAGAAUCAAGUGUGUAAUUUUGGGAUCAACAGAUCUGUUGUUCCAGAAGGACACGACUCACCUGUUUUCUUUGCACAGCGAAAUAAAGACAUAAAAAUGAAUCUAGAUUUCACAAAGACUGAUUAUCUUUUAUUUUUCUCCCUGCACUAGUUUCUUUACAAAAAAUAUCUAUAUUGUAGUAUUUAGUCAUUAAAUUGUCAAAAUUAUUAAUUGAUAUGAAUUGAUGAUUGUGGGGUUCACACAUCAUGUAGUGCUUUAAUUUUGAAUAAAUUUGAAUUGCUAUGAAGUAUUAACUAACCAUAUAAUCAUUGAUAUUAAGGGAAUGAAUUUUUUUAAAAUCAAUUAUUGAAAAAAUCCUAUAUUAGUCUAGUAUGGUCACAGUGACAUUUUUUAACACGAGAAUUGUAUCAACUAAUGGAAAUGCUGCAUAAUUCAGUGGAGCCUUAAUUAUAACAGUAUCGAAGUGCUCUUUUUGGUUUAUGUUGUAAGGGAUUAGAUGCAUGUUUUGAAGAAGAGAACUACAAAGUACAUUUACUUGACCUCAUAAUAACAAUGUUGUUAUUACAUAUAAAGGUAAUAAUAGUACAUUUCCUGUACUUGCCCCUUAUUGUACUCUAUUAGGCUGCAAUUGAGAUAUACCUAUAAAGACAUUGUACAAAUGAUGUACAUAAUAUUGAAAUUAUAGCCAGUUGAUACUUCAGUCAGGAGAUACAUAUAUCUAUUUGCAUUUUGAAUAAUAAACAUUACAGCACUGUCAUAAUGACAAAAUGUUGUGCCUUUGUACUGCUAUGUGAGGUUGGGCCGAGCUCAAGAGGGAGUCUUCGUAGACUGGUAACUUAGGAUGCUUCUUACUUAUUCAAUUUAGCAGUAACAGAAGAUAAAACCUUUGUGUGUAACACUGAGUUAGUCUCUUUUUGCAGAAGUAUAUGUUUGUAAAAUGUUAUAAAAUUGAUUUGUUGUCUUGUUAUAUAGCUGUAUAUUGAGUACAAUUUUUCUCGAAAGUUGUAAGAUCUUAUUAUUAUCAUCAUUAUUAUUAAUUUUUUGACAACCUAUUUUUUUGUACUGGAGCUUCCACUUUGUUUUUCAUAUCUAAGAAGCCAGUAUAAAGAUAGAAGCUGGAAAUGUUGCCAACUAGUUUUACUUUUUUGAAAUUUGGAAAAUUUGCCAAAACAUUACAUGUUAUAUAUGUGUAUGUUAACAACCUUUCUUCUUUAUUGACCAAGCUUUUUUGUCUUACCAUAACUGCCAGUUAUAGUGUGUGCAUUAAAUAAAAAAAAAAGGAAGAAAAUAAAAACAGCUGCAAUUUAGAAGUAAAAAUAUUGUUAUUACAGUGUUCAUUUAACUUCAUUUUCAACUUGCACAUUUCACUGCCAAAACGUUUUUUCCAGAGAUUUGAGAGAGUAAAUGCCCAAGACAGUUGAAAGUCUGAAUCUUUAUCAUACGGUAUCUUUUACAAAAUGCAUCAGCACCAUACUAUUUGAGUUUAAGAUUUUGAAACAUGUUGGUUGAUAUUGAGCUAAGAUGAAGUUGUGAACAAUUGGACAGAAGCGUAUUACAAGGAACACAGGAUCUAUAGAUAUUACAUUUUGAGUUUUUUUCAUCAUGUCACCCUGUUAAGUAUGAUGGAGAUCUCCUAUAAGUCGUUAUACCAUAGAUCUGGCAUCAGUGCUGUUUAAGCAAUAAUUCCUCUACAUUAACCUCUUAAAGAUUAAUAGACUAUUGUUUGUAUAUACCUAUAUCACCACUUCAUUUCACACCCUUUGUAUCUUAGCAUGGUGUAAUGAAAUAUAGAAUAUAGCAUUCAAAGUAUGUAGAUAUGUAGUUCAUUAUAUAUAUAUUCUGUAUCUAUUGCUCUAUGGCAGAGGUGCUUGGGGAAGCAAUAGCCUGGUGUAUGCUUUUUGUCCUUUCUAGAAUGUACACAUAUUUACUACUCCUACUUCUACUAUUAAACACAUUUAUGUCUACAGAAAGAUUCAGAAUAAACUAUAUUUUCAUUUCAGAAUUUUGUUUU